AUGCUGAAUGUUGGGAUCACCUGCCACAAUGGUUCCAACAUGUGGUCCAUGAGUGUAGUGCUGAUAAAGUCUGUUUUAGGAUCCCAGUCCAGUCAGAAUCAUUUGCAGAAUGCAGCAUUUGCUCUCUGUGACAUGGAACCUUCUGGAUACUAUAAUGGAAGCCUCACCACAACAACCUCUGGGUCAGUUUGCUUAAACUGGUCAGACUUCCCUGAUUACAUCCAGCAGUAUCCAAAUCGGGGAUUAGGAAACCACAACUACUGCAGGAAUCCAGAUGGGGGAGCCACCCCUUGGUGCUUCUACCAACUCUCUUCUGGAGCAACUGGCUGGGCAAACUGUGAUUGUAGCCAGGGUUCUGUGCGACUGAAGGAAGGUGGCAGGGUGGAAUUAUACUACAGUGGGCUGUGGGGCAUGAUCUGUGGUGAUGAGUGGACAGACUUGGAUGCCAGUGUGGUAUGCCGACAACUGGGGCUGAGUGAAACUGGCACAGCCCUAAGGCAGCGUCCUUCCGUUCUGGAGCUGUUGCCCUUCCAUCUUCAGUCUACGAACUGUCGUGGGGAUGAGAAGAUGCUGUCCCAGUGCAAUUACCAAGAAAUGUUCAGAGCUUGUAUCCAGGGAACUGCAGGAGCCACUUGUGGGUCUUCUCAAGCUAUAGGAUCUCCGCUUCGUCUGGUGGGGGGCAAGAAAAGCUUUGAGGGCCGAGUGGAAGUUUAUCGUGAUGGCCGUUGGGGCACCAUCUGUGAUGAUCAGUGGGAUGACAAAGAUGCUGAAGUGGUUUGCAGACAGUUGGAUCUCAGUGGAAUCUCAAGAGCUGUGUCUUGGGCUCACUUUGGGAAGGGCUCAGGCCCAAUCCUGCUGGAUGAAGUAGAAUGCUCAGGCAAUGAGCUUUCACUGGACCAAUGCAAGAAGAGUGAUUGGGGAGAACACAACUGUGACCAUAUUGAAGAUGCAGGGGUAAUCUGUGACCCCUUUGUAGAAGGAACAAUCCGAUUGGCAGGAGGCCUCCAUCCAAGUGAAGGAAGGGUGGAGAUCUAUCACAAUGGAAUAUGGGGAUGUGUUUGUGAUGACGGCUGGAAGACAGGUAUCAAUGCCCAAGUUACUUGCAGACAGCUGGGCUUCAGUGGCCCUGCCAGGCUGGCAUCAAAGGGUGAAUUUGCACCAGGCCAAGGUUUCAUCUUGCUGGAUGAUGUGGCUUGCAUAGGCAUGGAGUCAUCUCUGAUUGACUGUCCCCAUAGUAACUGGGGUCAACACGACUGCUCACAUGAGGAAGAUGUGGGAAUCCACUGUUCCCUGAUUAGCGACAGAAUCACUGAAGAUAAAACCGGGGUUCUGGUGCGGCUGGUGGAUGGGGACAGCACCAACGAAGGCCACGUAGAGAUUUUCCUGAAUGGACGGUGGGGCAGAAUUUGUGCUGGAGGCUGGACAGAGAGCGCCGCAGCUGUGGUUUGCAGGCAGCUGGGCUACAGUGGUACUGCUGUAGCCACCAGUAGGCCUUAUUCAGAUGCAUGGCAUGCACCCGUCCACCUGGACAAUGUGGAAUGCUCUGGCACUGAGCACACCUUGGGGGAGUGCAUCGUCCAUAAAAGUGGUCAACACAAUUGCUGGCAGAAGAAAAGUGCAGGUGUGAUGUGUGACUACAUGGGAAAGGAGAGCCAAGUUAUAAGAAAUUAUGGUUCCAAUAUUGGCCUAUGCGGUCUUCGUUUGGCUCAGCACCGCAACAGAAGGAUAAUUGGUGGAAACAAAUCCCCCAGGGGAAGUUGGCCAUGGCAAGUCUCCUUGCGUGUGAAGGAGUUUCACAAAGAUGCUCGUUUGCUGUGUGGUGCAACACUUAUCAGCAGUUGUUGGGUUGUGACAGCGGCACAUUGCUUCAAAAGGUUUGGAGUAGAUGUGCGUCGCUACCUUCUGCGGGUGGGAGACCACCAUACUGGUGUGAGAGAUGAGUCAGAAAGAGAGCUGCCAGUGGAGAAGAUUCUCCUUCAUAGAAACUAUCGGUCGAGCAGUAAUGAUAAUGACAUUGCUCUGGUCAGGAUGUUGGGCAAAGAGGACAACUGUCUCUCCUUCAGCCGCCAUGUCUUUCCAGUAUGCCUCCCUGUCAGGAAGCAGAAACCUAACAUGGACAGAAAUACUUGCGUCAUAUCGGGCUGGGGAGAUACAGGGAGGUCCUACUCAAGGACAUUACUCCAGGGAACAGUACCUCUACUCCCAAAAAAAGUAUGCAAGUCUCGUUAUGGAAAGAAAUUUACUAAUCGUAUGCUCUGUGCUGGAAACCUUUCUGAAGACAACCGGGUGGACAGUUGUCAAGGUGACAGUGGAGGACCACUGGUGUGUCAAAGAUCAAAUACACAAUGGGUAAUUCUAGGAAUUACUUCCUGGGGGUAUGGGUGUGGGCAAAAAGAUUCCCCUGGUGUUUACACAAAAGUCAGCAAAUUUGUGCCUUGGAUCAAGAAAGUGACCAAACUAAUAUGA